AUGUUGGCGGCGGUCCCCGCACUCACGGUGGCGCCGUCGCGGAGUCCUCGGUCCGACGCGUCCGGCGCGGACCCCCUGCUGGACGGCGACGUCGACGACGAAGACGAGGACGGCGGCAACCAGAAGCGGGAGGACCAGGCUGUGCGCGAGCAGCACCAGGUGGCCAUCCUGAAGCAGAUCAACCGCGUCAACGAGGACGGGUCCUACACCUUCGGCUACGAGGCCGCGGACGGCAGCUUCAAGAUCGAGACGCGCGACGUGCUGGGCCACGUCAAGGGCAUGUUCGGCUUCAUCGACGAGCAGGGUCAGCUCAAGAGGGUGUCGUACACGGCCGCCAACGGCACGGGCUUCCAGGCGGACCCGACGCCCGCCUCGCCCGGGGUGACCGUCAACGGCGCGCCGACCGGCCAGCAGCCCCUGCCAGGCGCCGUGUACCAGCAGAGUUUUGUCAGAGUUGCAGAGUUUUGCUCAGAGUUUCAGAGUUCAGGUCAGAGUUUCAGAGUUCAAGUGAUCCGGCCGCUGGCUCGCCGCCGGCCGAGCGCCGUGCGCCUGGUUGUCCCCCCGGGCACGGCCUCCACGGCCUCCACCACGGACGCCAACGGGCGCGCGCACGUCAUCCAGCAGAUCCCGCGGCGCGUGCGGCCGCUGCAGCAGGCCGACGGCUCCAUCCUGUCCACCGUGUCGCCCUCGUCCACCACCACGGCGUCGACGGCGUCGUCGCGGGCCUCCGUGCGGCCCGUCCUGGUGCUGGCCACGCCGGCCCCGGGCGCCGACGGCAGCACCCCGACGCCCGCGCCGUACGGCCAGUACGUGCGCCGCGCCGAGCACCCCGCCAGGCGGCCCGUCCUCGUGCUGGGCUCCAUCCCCGCCGCCUCCACGACCACCACCACCACGGCCGCGCCCGUCACGGAAGACAAUGCCAGCGAAGGUGAUUUCCUCCGGCGAAUUUAA